UCCGUUUCCUGGUCGUGAGAGAAGCAUUUUAUGAAGACGUAUCGGCUGUCCGUCCGUCGGUCCUAAGCCUUCCAAAGUACCGGAAAUCGUCGUAAAAGAGGUCCAGAAGGUGCUUCCUGAAAACAUGGCGCCGGUAGAGCUGCAAACAACGGCAAGCUAUCUCCCAACUGGGGUGGUAGCGACACAUGUAUUCGCCGUGAGCUAUAUUUCUGUCGUUGUUCUGAGAACGGUGUAUCGAUCAUACAUUGCACUUCCACCUUCGUCAGCAACCAGAUUCCGUGAGCCCUUACGGCAAGGAUAUGUCCAGGCCUUUUCACUGUUGGCGCUCGUGAGCUUGGCUGCAGCUGCGUACUUUGGUGUAUCAUUCAGUAGCCUGUCGUACCGAGUCUGGGCUACUGAACGAGGAGUUGAGUUACCUGAUAGUGUUUUCGGAGAUAAUGGAGCUCUUCGAGGUGGCGAACACCCUGGAAGACUUCAAAUUGUCAGAUGGCUCAACGAUACUCCUUUGUACCGGGACGCACUGGAGAUAGUUGCUGAAAAGGCUCGCUAUUUCUGGUGGGGUCAGCAGAUCAACCUUGCCUUAGUUUCCUGGAGCACCUACCUUGCCAUAGAAGGACAGAGACGAAAGAUUCCGAACUUGUGGGCCUACCUCGCCCUGGCCCAGAUGGUCAAUCUCUCUUAUGCACAAAACCUCUUCUUUGUCACUGUUCUACUGACCCCAGUACCACUCCCUGAGAAUGUGAGGGACUUGACGCGAUCCUCUGUGCCAACUUGGGGCAGAUACGCUCAGCUCGUGGCGAGAGUCUUUCCAACCAAACCAGAAGGCUUCGUCCCGAAACCGGCUCUCUAUUUGUUCCUGCUCGUCUCAAACUUCGUAGCGACGUUCCUAAUUCCAUACGCCUCGAACACACCUUCUUUCAUGAUUGUCUCAAUGCUUUCACGAGCUCUGCCGUUCUUAUUCUUGGCACUUCCGUAUAUCAUUCCAGAAACCUGGGGUAAUGUUCACAGCCAUCCUCACGAUACACACGCUACAUAUACAACGCUCUUCCGAACCAUUUCGACCAUUUCUUCCCUUCUCCAUGUCAAAUCAUCGUUCUUCGCACUCUUCCACAAUACGCCAGAAAGCACCUAUUAUCGCCAUAGCCUUCUUCAUCCAUUCGAGGGAGAGUACCGCUCGGCUCUGAAUCGUGGCUCCACUGCUUUGAGUCGGAUAUUUGGUGCAGUUUUAGAGCACCCAGCAAUCUCAGCUUUUGGCAGUGAUGUUCUUCUGUCAGGACUUAGUCUUGGCAUAUGGGCUGCGAUUCGUGGACUUGAUCCGGCUGACAUGUUGGGAUCAAGCGUACUGUUCCUACCGCAGAAACAGAAAGAGCCAGGAGACGUGUCUAUGAGCAGAAAGGAAGAGGCAGAGAAACCCGUCAAACAACUCGAGGCCACACCUGCGACUCGCCGCCGCGGUCGACCCAGAAGAUCAGAGAACAACACGCCCGACCUUGAUGAGACAAGCGCAGUCUCAAAGCGCCAAGGGAGGUCGUCCAGGAAGGCUCCGACGAACGGCGACGAUGCAGAUGACGCUUCGUAUCAGCCGACGGGAAGCGAUCAGAUGGAAGAAGGGGAUGAGAAUGCCGAGGAUGACUGGGAAGCGGGAGCACUGGCUUGGGGUCUGAUCACCGCGGGGGGCCUGGGCAUGGGAAGCGCUGCUAUCUAUGGUGCCGAGGUCAUUGCGAGGUGAACUUGGGACUGAUAGAUUCAAAUAUACCACAAUUCGAGGGAAUAUUCAGACAUGAAUCGAUGGAAUUGUCCCUACUGACAUGGGACAAUGAGUAUUGGGAAUAGCAGAGUGGUUUGAGACUUUACCACUGUGACCGAUGACAUUUUCAUUACUUAUGGAAUCAGUAAAGGGAAAUAUUCCCUUGAUUGUUUGGAGCCAGACUUCUGAUCAGCUCCCUCAACCAUUUAGUUGAAGGAACGAUCGUACGUAUUUCGAUUUAGGGUCACUUGAUGUUGGAGAGCACAGAGACAGUCAAGGAAGGAUUCGGAACAUGAAUUUCAUCCUCAUGCUAAAUCCAUCCUGCAUUAUCAAUUCAUCACUGC